AUGAUAGGAAGAGCCGACAUCGAAGGAUCAAAAAGCAACGUCGCUAUGGACGCUUGGCUGCCACAAGCCAGUUAUCCCUGUGGUAACUUUUCUGACACCUCUUGCUGUAAACUUUACAAAUCGAAAGGAUCGAUAGGCCACGCUUUCGCGGUCUGUAUUCGUACUGAAAAUCAAGAUCAAGUAAGCUUUUGUCCUUUUACUCUACGUAAGGUUUCCGUCCUUACUGAGCUUACCUUAGGACACCUACGUUACUGUUUGAUAGAUGUACCGCCCCAGUCAAACUCCCCGCCUGACAAUGUCAUCGGCGCGGGUCGCCAGCGCACCAAGUACGCUGACUUAAAAUCAAUCACAAGUUUUCGUAAGAAAACGUUCCCCGUAUUACCGAAUAAGUAAGGAAACGAUGAAAGUAGUGGUAUUUCACUGACGUACCGAAGCACUCCCACUUAUGCUACACCAUGCAUGAUUCUUCACAAAGUCAGACUAGAGUCAAGCUCAACAGGGUCUUCUUUCCCCGCUGUCUUUGCCAAGCCCGUUCCCUUGGCUGUGGUUUCGCUAGAUAGUAGUUAGGGACAGUGGGAAUCUCGUUAAUCCAUUCAUACGCGUCACUAAUUGGAUGACGAGGCAUUUGGCUACCUUAAGAGAGUCAUAGUUACUCCCGCCGUUUACCCGCGCUUACUCAAAUUUCCUUAAAUUAACAUUCAGAGCACUGGGCAGAAAUCAGAGACAGUCAACGUCUUUCAGAGACCAUCUGUCUCCUCUGUUUUAAUUAGACAGUCGGAUUCCCCAUGUCCGUACCAGUUCUAG